AUGGCUUCGGGUGAAGGCAGUAAUAAGCCUUAUAUGGAGACCGACGACUCCAGUUCUGGACGUCGUCCCCCUCCCAAGAAGCGAUUCCUCUCAUCACGGUCCUCCUCCCCGACCCACACACCCGCCUCAGAAACCGAUAAUGAUCAAGACGAAUCCAUGGAACCAUUCAAGGAAUCCCUCGAUAUUUAUCGUAAAGACGCCAUUACUAGACAAGAGGAUGAAUACAAGAGAUUGGAAAGGAGAGUGAAACGUCGUAUCGAUAAGUUGGAACGCACUCAUCGCAGUAGUGAGCAAUCACUUCAUGUGUGGAGCGGGCAAUUCAGAAGACUUCACGACGAUAUAUUAGCCUUGGACCCGGAAUUGGAUUCUCUGGCUGUGAAUGGACGAGCGGAAGAGUACGCCAACCUUUUAGAAGAAGAAUGGACGACCGAAUUUACCACAUCCAUAUCAGCUGCUUUGAAAAGCGAACAAUUGCCAGAGGCUACCUUGUCGCAAUUGAUCCAACGCAUCGAACUGUGGUUAAAGAAACGCAGAAAAACUGCCAAAGGAUUGGACAGCUAUUUAAAUAAUGGAUCCAUGGGUAACCUAAGACAAGAAUAUGACGAAUCCAUCACCUCGUGGGUUAAAGUGCAACGUUCACUGUACGACAUUAAAAAUCGUUACCGUUUGUCCAACCUAAAGUUCCUUAUGAUGAAUGAGGAAUUGGGAUUGGCGACACUACAAUUAUCAGCAUUGGAAGAAGCAUUGCGUGAAGCCAAACUAGAACUUGUCAAUGCUGAAAAUAGGCUACAAGUGAACAAGGAAACUACGACCAAAUCGGAGGAGGAUGAGAUGCAAUUGGAAGAAGGAUCCAAUGCCGACGAACAAGGAGCGGCGGAGACGAGUCAUGCAAAUGCCACCAAAGAAGCGGUAGAGGAUCCUCUGAUUCGUGUUCAACAAGUAUUGGAUCAGCAGCUUCGAGAGAUUGAUGCGAUCAAAGAACAGCGAAUCGAAUUGAAACAGCAACAAGCUCAGUUGGAAAUUGACGUCGCCAAUAUUCCGGAAUCGCGUAUCUACCGAUCGUCUUUAUGCCGUCAAUUAUCUCAGAGUUGUGAUUAUUUCAAGGAUAAAAGUGACCACAUGAUGACGCUGUGUCGCAAGUUGCAGAAAGAACUGGAUGAAAUGCACAGCAAAAGACGACAGUUAUUCGAUGAUCUGGAUGUGGAACAGGGGAAUCACAUCAAAGGUCUGGAAGAUCAGUUACGCAAGUUGGAAUCGGAUCUGACCCGUAUCCGCGGCCAACGUGAUGCAUUACAGGUCGGCACUGAGGUGCUAAAAGCAUGCAAUCAAGGAAGCCGAGCCUCCGUGGCAGAACUCGGGACCAUCAUCGACGUCAGAAACGAACGCGUCGAUUUACUCAGAGCCGAAUUGUCCCGACUUCAACGAAAGAAUAUGGCACGAACCGGUCAUCGCGAUUUUUAUGAGGCCAAGACCAUCCUUAAAGAUGCAGAAUUUACCUUUGAACCUAUGCAGAGAGAAUUAAGCACUUUGACGGAACAUAUGGAGGCCUUGAAAUCGACAUUGAUAACACAACAUCAGAUGGAUGACGAGUCCCAGGCGGCCCUGGAGGAGACGCUUCGUUGGGCAGUGCAAGCUCAGCGCUUGGAAGCGGAUUUGAGCCAAUUUGAAUCCAAGUACGGAUUCACGGCCUCGGACACCGUCGAUGAAAAUGCCGUGAUUUAUGCCAUGCAAGAGAAAAUUCAAACUUUGCAGACGAAUAUCGCCGACCAUGUUGAAAGAUUGGAGAGUCAGGAAUCGUCGGAAAACGAAGUACUCGAAGAAAUUGAUAAAUUGGCCAAAGUGUAUCCGGAGUUGGAAGGCAAGAACAUGACGAAAAUAGAAGAAUUGAAACAAGUCGAAGAUGAAAUUAUGCAAUUGCAACGAGAGCGGGUCAAAUACAAUCAAACAUUCACGGCCUUGAACAAAUCCAAGGACGCCCAUGCCAUGGUUGCGAAUGCCUUUACGAAGCAGAUUGAGAAGCAGCUAGCGCAUAUCAAACAAAUGAAUGAACGAGAGAAGAAUCUCACGGCUCAGAUAACAGUAUUGGAUCGUGAAUUGAAUACAAAUAAUGUAGCACUGGAACUCUAUCGUCAAAAAAGUAUGGAAGCCAAGACUGCAUUGAGUUUCCUGCAAGAGAAAAUGACGUCUUCCAAGGAAAAGAUUCAAGAGCUUGAAAAAUCUAUCAUGGAAAAGAUUCGAUCCAUCGAAGAAGGAGCUCAUGCACGUCUCAGAUUGGAAGAAAAUAUCGAAUAG